AUGGCCGAUCUUUAUCCUCCCUCUUACGCCUCUCGUUCCUCCUCCUCCUACAACCGCGACCAUCCCUUAUACCCACCCAUGAACUCUGCCUCUAGCAACACUAGCUCCGAUGACCAUCCACCCAGCCCUCCAAAGUCUCCAAAGCCAGACCCAAAACCACAGGCUACAUUCCUCACAAAACUCUACGCUCUCCUAGAGCGUCCUGAAAAUCAUCAUAUGAUUCGUUGGGAUCCUGCUGGUGAACACAUUAUCGUCGAGAGACCAGAGCAACUUGCCCUCCAUGUCCUACCAAGCAUAUACCGUCAAUCGAGAUUCGCAAGCUUCUCCCGGCAACUAAAUAUCUAUGGUUUCAUGCGCAAGGUUAACUUGCGGAACGUCGAUCCCGCUAUUGACGAUCCCGACGCGAGUACUUGGUCCCACCCAACCCUCAAUCGCCACUCGCCGCCCGAGGUCGUGGCAAAUUUCAAACGCCGCGUCCCACCGCGUCUUCCAAAACCCAGGAAACGCGACAACCAGGAGCCUCCCUCAAUACCUCCUCCCCGCUCCGCGAUCGGAAUGGGCCCUGUCCCUCUCACAGUACCCUCAAACGUCGGCCCUUCUUCCCACCACAAACUCUCCGGAGGCUCGGUCGGUCGUGCCCGUGGUUUCUCAGCGCCUGGCUCUUUUACACCACUUAAUCAGGGUGGCACCGCUGCGUGGGGCACAAGCUACCCUCGGUCCGCACUUCCUCCACUUACAGUCCCAUCCGAUCCUCCGCACAUAUCCCACAACACCAUCUACAAUCACUCCCAUACCCUUCAUCCCAUUACUCCGACCGACGACUCUCCGGCCUCGGGUGGUUUUCAUUCUAUCGCAUCUUACUCACAUUCCAACAGAGACGUUUUGCACUCGCAGUAUUCUUAUCCGGAGCAAAAUAAUUGGUCUUCCUUCCAGGGUAGUACCAGCUCCUCUACCCACAAUGGUAGUUUGUCGUCGCUGCUCAAUCCAAGCAGCGGCUAUUCGAGACCGGCCCCGACGAUCAAUACGUCGUACGGGUCGCCGUUUUCUUCUAUGCCCAUGCAAGGAGAGCAUAGCGCGUCCUCGCUGUCCCCAGACAGUCGUCCGACAACCGGAUAUUCAAUGUCCUCUGUCUCAUCACUUCCAUACCAGGAUGAGCACAACAUUCAUCAUGACUACUCCCGGCCUAACUCCAGUCACCACCGCCCAAUCUCCCCAUCACGCCCCCAAUCAUCCAAGUCCAAUUACCCAUCGGGAUCUCUCAGUGUUCGCCGCGCCCGGCGGCAUAGUCAAGCCAUGAGCCCCUAUCCGAGCCCCUACGACCACUCGGAGCCGCAGCGACCAUCGACGUCGCCGCAGCCUGUAGAUAAUCACUCAUCUUCAGGCCUUCCACGGGUGAGGAGUAUGAUCCAAUUGCCCUCUGUGGACCCAUAUGGCUUUAAUCCGUCCCACGCUGAUUUUGCCUACUCCGCAAUUCCGGGAGCGGUCGGUCACACGACGUCAAUGGAGGGUAUGCAUGACGGCAACGGUUGGAAUCACAGGAAUGUUCGGCCAUCGACGUCGACAUCAUCCAUCUCCGCCGCUUCACAUACAUCGUCCUCGCAAGCAAAUACCCCGCCUGUUCCCGAAAACUACAACGGGGAAACGGACAUCAAUCGUUUCUCCCCAGAUUUUGGAUUUGUUCCAAUGAAUGAGCACCUUCCUCACCAUUAUACCAAGGCAACGGGCGAAAUUUGA